AUGGUUCAUGCGGAUUGGAAGCCCUCAAUGGGUUUUGUUUACGGGGAGAUUAAAAUUGGAAAAGAAGAAAUUAUCAAAUCUUUGGGUGGUAACGAGAAACAUUACAAGCCUAUUAUAGAUAUCAUAAACACAAAGAUGAAUGGUCGGCUAGAUUCAACUUUACAUUUGACAUCUUAUCUUUUGAAUUUGUAUUAUCAUUAUAAUGAUUCACAACUCCAAUAUGACCCCGAUGUAAUGGAUGCGGUUCAUGAGUUUUUUGAUACAUUAUUUUGUGGAGAUUUAGAGAAGCAAAGGCAUGUAGUGACUAUUGACUUGCCAAAGUACAAGAAAAAUGUUGAUAGAUUUGGUUGUGAUCUUGCAAUUAAACAUUCUAGUUCGUGGGGACUAUUUGGUGGGGUAACUCCUCAUUUGACAAUGGUUUCAAUGAGGAUUCUUUCUUUAACUAGUAGUUCAUUAGGUUGUGAAAGGAAAUGGAGCACAUUUGAAGGGGUACAUACAAAUAAACGAAACAGAUUGGAGACAAGUAAAUUGAACAAUCUUGUUUAUUUUCAAUUCAAUGCAAAUUUAAUGGAAAAAAACAAAAAGAGAAAAGAUAGAAACAUGGAAGUGCUAUUAGCAAAUAAUUCUCUCUCGGCUCAAGAAUGGAUUGUAGAUUGUGAUGAGUGUGAUGCAGAUGAAGUACAUCCUAAAAUGGUUGAUGAAGCUCUAGCAACCGACGUCAGUCAAGCACCCCAAGAAAGUACAAGAACGAGGGAACUAUUAAAUGAAGAUUUUGAGUCCGAGAGUGAGAGUGAGAAGCAAGUGUUGGAAGAAGAAGAAUACGAGUCGGAUGGUGUUCAGAUAACAGAAGUAUGCGGAGAAGAUUAG